GCGCGCUCCCGCUCGGCUCUGAAUGGGGAUCAGUCCAGCUGGUGACAGCUCGUCCUGUAGUAUAACCGUAGACGCCACGGUCCGCUCAUCCAGUCGGGUCCGCUGCUUUCAGACGCGCCGGUAGUCCACGGCCCUGCUCCUCCGGUAGUACACAUUUAUUCAGGAAUGAGAAAUGAUGGCCGGCUCUGCAGCAGAGGAGGAAAACCUUCCGACGGUUCCUGGAGCUCUUUAUUCGGGAGAUGAGGAUGCCUCUGCAGGAGGGCGACCCGCUGCCGAUGCGCCCUUUGUCGGACCUGGUGUCUGAGGACGAAGUGGAGGGGGAAUGCCUCGACCUGUGUCUCCAGCAUCUCUACAAAUAUAACUGCCCGUGCUCCCUGGCUGCCGCCUUGGCCCGAGCCACAGCAGACAGCCUCCUGCAGACUGACCUCUCCAUUCACCACCUCAAUAAGGCUGUAGAAGAUGGAGCUGACCCAUUACCACAGAUGGAGUCUGUGAAGCUGGCCCGGCUGGUGUUUAAUAGACUCUUUGAGACGUGCUGCCUCUGGCUGAAGGAGCUCCCCUUCCACCGCCGUCCACAGCCAUAUUACGAAACGUCCAUCCACGCCAUCAAGAACAUGAGGCGCAAGAUGGAGGACAAGCAUGUCAUCAUCCCCGACUUCAACACGCUCUUCAAUAUUCAGGAUCAGGAAGAACAGGCUUUCUUCGCUGUGUUUGACGGUCAUGGCGGCGUGGAUGCUGCCAUCUAUGCAGCCAAUCACCUUCACGUCAACUUAGUACGGCAGGAAUCCUUCAGCCAGGACCCCAGCGAGGCGCUCUGCAGAGCCUUCAAGCUCACCGAUGAACGCUUUGUGAAGAAGGCCUCGCGAGAGAACCUACGUUGCGGCACAACAGGCGUGGUGACGUUCCUGCGGGGCCGGACGUUGUAUGUGGCCUGGCUGGGAGACUCCCAGGUCAUUCUGGUCAGGAAAGGGCAGGUGGUGGAGCUGAUGAAGCCACAUAAACCAGACAGAGAGGAUGAGAAGCAGAGGAUCGAGGCUCUCGGAGGUUGUGUGAUCUGGUUUGGGACAUGGAGGGUCAACGGCAGUCUGUCUGUAUCCAGAGCAAUAGGUGACUCGGAGCACAAACCCUACAUCUGUGGUGACGCAGACCAUGGUAUCUUCCCAUUGGAUGGCUCAGAAGACUACCUGAUUCUGGCCUGUGAUGGCUUCUGGGACACGGUGAAUCCAGAAGAGGCGGUGCGCGUGGUCAGUGAUCAUCUCCAGGAGAACACUGGGGACACCACCAUGGUGGCGCACAAACUGGUGGCUUCAGCCCGGGAUGCAGGCUCUAGUGAUAAUAUCACUGUCAUAGUGGUCUUCUUGCGGGACCCGCGCUCGCCACCGCCCACCAGCACCGAGGAGGAGGAGGAGGGUGUGGUGGAGGGAGAGGCGGUGGACGAGGAGGAGGUAGCAGAGGUGGAGGAGGAAGAGCAAGAAGAGGAGGAGGAGGAAGAUGAAGCAGUCAGGGUAGAGCGUGAUGGAGGUGAGGGCGGCAGCACUGCGGACAUUGGGGGUAAGAGCCGUGGAGGCUGGCCCCUGCAGCAGUGCUCAGCUCCCGCUGACCUUGGCUACGAAGACCGAACGGACUCGUUCACGGACAGAACCAGCCUCAGCCUGCUGGGACCGGCGCUGGAAGGCCACAUCUCUUUGACCCGGGGCUCUUUUGAUUUUAGCCCCGACCUCUUCACGGCCUCUCACAUCUUCCGAGAACGCGCACUGAGGCGCAGGUCCUGUGUCCCUUUUCAGGAGGCCAGCAUCUCUAGCUUCACGGACCCACUGUGGCCCCACACAGCAAUGCUGUUAGGCCAGGCAGUGAGGCGAAGCCGCAAGCUCGGUUACGGUAGUCGCCGGUGGGAGCGGAGGUGGCCAAGCAGAUCCAGGGAGCUGCUAGGCCUGUUACCAUCUGGGCCCUUGCUGCCCCACAUGCAGCGCCACUCCAACCGGAGAUCUGGAGUGGCAGUGCCUCAGCUGCCCCAUGAUGCCACCAUUUGAAGAGGUGACCCAGAUCAAACCAUCUCCCUCAUUUCUUCAGUCCUCCUUCCUGCCCCGCAGUCAACCCGUCCACCUUUGCCUUCAACAACACGUCUUUCUUUGAUAGUUGGUAGUUGUAGCUCCUGCAGUUGUUAUGUGAUUAUUGAAUCUGUCGGAGGAGUGGUGCUCUGUCCUAAGCCGAAAUGUCUCCAAUUGUAACACAAGCCCCGCUCCUCAAUGCUGUAGGUAAAGCUCAUAGCUGCAUUCUUUCCAUUGUGACCAAUGAUCAGUCAAUAUGAAAGCCGGAGCUGGAAGUGCAGGUUAAUAAGAUGUGUUCAGACUGAAGGACACAGCUUACUGUAGGUGCCUCAUAUAAAGUCUAAAUCUGAGUACUUCAUUAAUGAGGAUGAAAGUGAGAGGUUAAAGGAAAAUAAGAGAAAGAACCGGAGUCCAGGAACAUUUUAAAAGGGAGUUUGUUGUUAGCCAGCUGGAGUUUGGCUCCAUACUGGACUACGAAAGCUCUUCAGUGCUAACGAGAAAAAUAUUCAGUCUGAACACAUUUAAGAUUAAGUUAUGUGCUUGGUCGCUCAUCAGAGACUAUUUUGAAAAGAAAGAAGAUGCAACACAGGACAAAAUUUGGAACAAUAAGAAAGGGAGAAAAAAAAAAACCUCACCUCUUGUUUUGUUUGGAGAAAUAAAAAUAUACUGCUUGGUCAAAAGUCUGUGAACAUUCAGCUGUAGGUGCUUGUUGCCCUGCAGGGAUUUGAUCCCUUUCAGCUGAUUUAAAAAAAAAAAAAAAGUUUCAAAUGACCUUAAACAUAUUUUUAACCAUCUUUACUGUGAUUUAUUGUUACUUUCUUGUUAUAAUAUGUAUAAGCCACCACCCAACUACUUUAGCUGGUUUAGUCCAUAAACAUUAAGUGGACAGAUGAAAAGAAGACAGUCAAAAUUAUCUCUGUAGCUGUAAAUUAACUUCAUGCUUUUAAGUGAUAUCAUCCACACACACUUUUUUCUGCUUCUCUCAGUAUACCCAGGUAUAAAUGCACGGUGAGACGUCGCAUAUCUUUUUCUCUUGAGAAAGCUGAGAAUGUCGAGCGACCCAGCAUUAAUUUAAGCUCUAAUAGCACAGCCUGCCUCUCCGUCUCCUCAGCAGUCCCUCGGUGGCAGAUGAAUAACAUUCGUAGAGGAGGCCGGAACAAUUGUUGCUCCUGGUUUCUCGGACUGGCUGUUCUGCCCCCUCCGAUGCAGUCAAUGACCCAGCCAUUAUCCAGCCACAUUUGUCUACAGAUAAAAGCACUUAGCACUGGAUUAUAAAAGAUUAGCAGUCACUUACCUGAAUAAAUUCUUCAUGUAGUUUAGUAGUCCAGAUGGUCACAUACUCUUGGGAUAAUGGGCUUUUGGGAGAGGAUGGCAUUUAAAAAGAACGACUUUAUUGUAGUUUUGUUGAGACACGUAGUUUUUGUUUUUGCAUGUAUUCCAGCUGUUUUUACCUUUUACAGAAACCCCAAUGAACAAAAGUGUUUUUCCACAGGCUUCAAAAGUCCACAUCUAUGUCAUGUCUGGCCAUGACACAUACCUUCCAUAAUACUGAGGCCUGUGUCCUUUAUACACCCAGUCGCUCAUUAUUCAGAUUCAUGCUUGAUAUUAGCAUAGAAAAUAUAGAAAUAGAAAAUAUGAUACCACUCUCAUGUCUGUCUGAUAAAUAUGAAGCUCUAACCAGCAGCUGAUUGGCUCACUGAUAUUUACCCAUAAAUAACACCAAUAUUUAUCAGUGAUAUGUCUAUCAGGAUGGCAGCUCCAUGCAAUAUUUUCCAGAUGUUAAAUUUAUUAAUUCAAUGAAACAGGAUAUUUGCUAACAUCUAAAAAAAAAAAGAAAAUAUGGGCUCUGAUACCAGUUUUGUAAACUGUAAUCUUUCUGUAAGUUCAAAAUAACUAAAGCUAAUUCAUGUAAAGGUGGAUUACAACAAAUACUGAAGGUCAAACAUUAGAAACGUUUUUAGCAGGUUGUACAAGAAGUUGCAGAGUAAUGGUCAUAUCUUACAAACCAAUCAUAUAAUUGUGUAUGACUCAAAAUAGAAGUGCCACAAAAAUACUGGGGUUUUCCGAACCUACCUGUUUGUUUUCCCAGUUUGACACCUCCCUGCUAUUUCCAGCCAUGAAUUACAAAAAUGUAAGUUAUGCUUAAUGAAACCCUGAAGAACAGCUCUUUGGGUGGUGCCAAAUUUUGUCUCUGCAAGAAAAAAAAUAAUAAAAAUGGGAAAGAUUUUUGAUGGGUAGGUGAAAGUUUAGUACCGGCAGUCACUUUAUAUUGGUGUAAGAGAAGGAUACUAGCUGUGCCAUAUCAAAUUCACGAUACUGGUGACUGUAAAUUGUGGCGAGAUAAUGCCUCACCUGUGAAAUAUUACUUGGUUAGUCACUUCUUUCAUUAGAACAGCCAAAAGCAGCACAAAGGUCUGUUUUUCCCACAAAUAAAAGGGGGAAAUUAAAGGGGGAAAUUAAAGCCAAAUGUGCUUUUACAUUUUUAUUUGUGUAAAAUUUAACAAGAUUUAAUGUGUGGAUUUUGUUACCUUUGGUCACCUGUUACUAUCCUAUAAACAUUACAUAAUACUGCAUUGUUACAUUUGUUCAUAGUAAUUUGAUAAGUUUAUAUGAUUAUCAUGGCAACAAAAUAACCAGACUACAUGGAGAUUUUUCUGCAGUGUUGUAGCAGUGUUAUAGGAAAAUAUAAAUAUGUGUUUUGCUAAAGUAACAUUAUAUCAAAUUUGAGGUUAUGUUAACAAAUGUAAACUUUUUAGAACCUAAAUGUAACAGAUAUACAAGACGUAUAGAAGAUGUUACCAUUUCACUGCCCCAAACAGUUUUUCUUUGUAGGGUACCUGUUUCCAGUCUUCAAGCUAAGCUAAGCGAACUGCCAUCUGGCUUUGCAGUGGCUUCAUAUUUAAUUUAGUCUACAGAUGUGAGAGUGGUUUCAACUUCUUAUGAAGAAAGUGACCCAACCAAUGUCCCCAAAAUUUCCUCAGACAGCAUAGAGAGAAUCUGCACAUUUUAUGCAUCAGGAGCCUAAGACAGAGUUGUCAAAAUGUAAAUAAAGAGUCACUGCAUAAAAGUAUAUCAUCAUCAUAACUCAGUGCAGCUAAUACUGUGCAUUCACAUCCUCCUGAGAUGGUACCAGCCCAUUUCCCCAGUCAGGCAAGCUGUUGUUCCGACUGCCGUGUGUUCAUGUAGCCUACAGCAUUUCAUUUGGAAACAACAUAAAUGCUACAAAGAAGACGUGUUGUAUUUUCUUACUUUAAAGCUAUAAAUUAAUACUGGUUUACCUGACUUGUUAUCCAGGUUGCUGCCAAAAAAUUACUAGCAACUAACAGUUAAAAAUUAACACCAAUUUACAAAUUAAUUUACAGCUAAAAUGUAUAUCAAAGAUGUGAAUUUGCACCAUUAAUCAAAGAUUUCUUAAUAUAAACCAAACACUGUUUCAUUUGCCUUGUAGCAACAUUUUUGCAGACUUUUUUUUAGUUCUAAUGUUAGUGGAUGUUUUAUGGUUAGAAGCUAAUUUUUCCAAUUCUUUCAAUGCCGCAUGAAUAGACAAAUAGCUGCCACUGUCAGAGAAAUCCAUUGUGGCUUACUCCCAUGGCUUCAGAGAGCCUUUAUAAUUGGAUCUGAUCUAGAUUCUGCCAUGGAGAGGCCCUCUCUGCUGUCUAACAGGCUCACUUCAGGUAUCUUAUCAGGCCACAGAAAUGUUCAUUGUCAGUUUUUAUACCAUCUUGUCUACAUCUUGUCUGAAAAGUCAUUUUACCCUUUUUCUUAUCUAACCCCAAGUAUCUACUCAGAGAUCCUCUUAAACAGUAAUUCAUAACCAUAAAUACCAAACAACUGUGUAUCCAUCAAACAAUAAUCCUCUGACUGACUUUAUAUAUAAUGCUAUAAGGACAAUUUUCAUAUUGGACUCAUUAAUCCCUUUAUAAUAAACGCUAAUAACACUCAAACUCAGUCUAAUCACACUUUGCAUUAAACGUGUAACCUAUUGUAUCUCACUAUACGCGAUGGCUAUAAUCUAACAAGACUAUAACAUUUCCUUUGAAAAAAAUAUUUUAAUUCAGUGUUUCUCAAACUGUGGGGUGCGCCCCACUGGUGAGGCACAGGGUCAUGGCAAGUGGAGUGCGAACGACCAGGGAGAAAAGUCCAUGAGAAAAACUGCUGACUUGACUGUGCCCACACGUACACGGGAAUUUUGGCAAAUGUAGCUUUUUCUCUGUAUUUUUGGCUUUUUGUCCAUAAUGGCAUUUUCGUCCACUGAAUGUCGAGCUUUUGAAAACUCCAACUGUUUUGGCGUGGUCUUAACUGCACUGGAUUAAAAAAAAAAUCAUACCCGGGUACGUGUGGACGUAACCUUAACCACUCUCAAAAAAUGCCAUUGGCUACAUAGCAUACAAGUAAAACUUUCUGAGUAUUUGUCUUUAAAUGGAGGACUAGAAGUGAGUCUUUACACUCAGCAAAGAGCUAUAGGCAGUUAUUUUGAAGUUACCUUGAAACAUUAAGAAUCACCUGUUAAAUCUGAUAAAACUUAGCCACCAUCUUUGCCAUUUCUCCCGUAAAUUCAGGAUUCAUUGAGUGCCAUCUCUCUCUUAUUGUCAGUUUUAAUACCAGUUAGUUAGCUAGCCAGCCAGGCAGAUUUAAAAAAGGUGGUGCACCAAUAUAUUCACCUGUUUGCAAUUGCUUAGUGCUACAGCUUUAUUUGUUAUAAAAAAAAUCCACCUUUUAUAAGGGUGACCAAAUGAAACAACAAAAUAACCAAAAAACAAGAAAACUUAUGAAAACAUAAUCAUUUUAUGAGGCUACACUAUGCAUGAACUCGUGUACAGACAGUAUAAAAAAUGGACGUAGCUGCCGUGACAUCAGUUUCUGAAGUUCUGUUAUGAAGCUGAGCGUUUCCAUUUGGUGUUUUGAAACCAGAUAUGACGUCUUAUCAGUCAUAAGUCAUUAGCCGGUGAGCAUACGCUGGAUAAUCCUCCUUUCCUUUACAAACUGGAUUUAAUGAUUUGAUAGGACCUGAAACACGUGAUUGAGGCCAUAAACUCUUUACUGAGGUAUGGUUUUCCAGACGUCUAUAGGAGUAGAAGUCUUGGCCAUUAAAAAGAAUGAAUGUUUAACUUCCACAUUGGCUUCACUUUUCAGACCUGGAAGCUACGCCCAUCUUUUACAUCGUCAAUGCUAACAAAUAGAAGCCCACUUUGAGGAUGGUGGCCACCUGCAACCUCCCCCCACCCCCACCCUGAGAAUCUGUGCAUUGGUCUUGAGGCCUACUCGCCAUGGGGCUAAAAAUCCAAUUGCUACUCUAUCUCGUGUACAUAUUCAUUCUUCCUGUAACAGUAUACCUCCACUUUUUCUAAAUGUUAGUGAUAACCAGGUUCUGUAAACCAUUCCUCCGCUUUCCCGACCCGUUCGCUGGUUGACGAAACACCCGGCAUCACUAACCCUUCCGGUGUUGCUCCUGUAACCAUCCUAUGGACUGAAUAGUGGUGAGCAUGAGCAGAAUGUACCUCAUGUACCAGAAUGUUUGAGUGACUUGGUGAAGAGGGUUAACAUGAGGUGUAUUUGUUUGUUUUAGUUUUUUUUUUUUUUUUUUUGAGGGUGAGGUUAGUUUUUUGAGGAAUGUACUGUCGAGACACUUAACUAAAGCCACUGGAUCUCUUGGUGGGACUGUCACUGCAGUGUUUGUCUCCAGAAGCCUGAAGACGACAGGCAAAGGAAAACAAGUCAUCUUAGGAAAAAAAAUCACUUAGGAAUGGAUGUGUGUGUAUAUUAUGAGUAAUGUGAGUUAAUUGAGUGCUGGAAUAGUGUACAUAUAAUAAUUGUCUUGUAAAUCAAUGGUUUUAGUCCAUAAGCUGGUGAGAUAUCUACUUGAAAAAGUCAGCCAGUGGGCUGUAUGAAUCCCGCUGAGGUGGCAGUGAGGAUAUGAUGAGAGUUGUCCAGUUGUGGCCUCGCUGCUGUUUCAUGCUCACCCUGCUCUCUCACCCAGAUGAGAAAACAUGCAUUAAAAUUAUUGGCUUAAACUUUUGCAAUAGCUUUGAGCUCUCUCUCUCUCUCUCUCUCGCUUUUUUUUUUUUUAAAUUAGUACCAGCCUUAAAAGAAAAAAAAAAAAAAACCACCAUGCCAAUCAUAUCAGUAGGUUUUCAUCAUAAACACAUCAAGCUGCUGCAACUAUUUUAGUUCACAGCUUUCACAAAGCCACGAACUCUGGAGAAGCAGAGCCGCCAUCAGGUGACGGCCUCGUUAUUAAUACGCGGGUUUCUCUGUGAAAUGAGAUGCUUGUAUCAGUGUGAGAUUCGCCUGCAUUAGUUUCACAUGUGCAACAGGUAAUCUAUGGGAAGGAAAACAGUCAACAUCCCGAAUAUGUAUGGCUAACUAAUUAUUAUUAAAAAAAAUAGUUAUAGAAAAUGAUAACUCCACGUGCUCUUUGGCUUCUUUGCCCCUCCUUGGUCAUAACCGCACCAAUCUUUUAUAUGCAGAUUCUGCGUAUGAACUGCAUGUCCAGUGAAUCAGUUACAGUGCUUUAAGUGGAAGAAGGUGGAAGAAGGUGGGUGGGUGGAAGAAGGUGGGUCGGUGGGUGGUGGCGCUAGAGGGGAAGGCAUACAUCCACCAAUGUUGGUAGGGGUCAUCCUACCAACAUUGGGGAAAAACAGCAGGAAUACGAUCAAAUUCUUCUGUGUUAAUUACAAGUGCAUGGAGGUAACCAUAGCUACACAAAAGCAUACAAAAAGAACAACUGCGCCAUUAUUUACUGCAUUAUCAUAUGUGCAUUAAAACAGAAGCAUAAUGUGUUUUUUUUUUUCCAGUUAUUCUGAAUUAAUAACUCCUAAAAGAGACUCGAAAGCCUGAUUUCAUGAACAUUAAUUGCUGCAAUGCUUAAUUUAAUACAGUUUUAAUUUGGUUUAGGUUUGAAUUAUCGGGACAUGCAGAGCCAUGUCUGCCUCUUGUGUAACCAGGUAGCAGCCUGAAUACACAUUUCAGAGGCAUCGUUUCAUAUCCUGAAGCCAUAUCUGAAGAAAUACUAAACAUCGAGCAGACAGUUUGUACCAUCUACUCCAACAUAAGACUGUAUUACACUAACUCUGAUUUAUUAUAACAGGCUCUCCUUUGAUAUUAAAGGAGGUUUUGAUAUUUGGUGGCGGUUCUGCUCUGCUAUAGGAAACUGCUCCCUGCAGCUCGUUUUACUCGUGGCCACUUCAGCUUUGCAGUGCAGUCGUAGUUUUCUGUCUCCUGCUCUUCAGUUUUUUAAAACAGCGCAAUCAGUGACCAGGACCCCAUUGGCUGUAUUCAUGUGAAAACCCAUCAUACUGAAAACCCACAGAAGUUGCCACUGUAUAAGCAAUGAAAGCAUUUACCAUCAUUCCCUGUGGUAAAUCCUCCACCUUAGAUUGAGACACCCUACAUGUCCAGCACCGCUCACGCUCUGCUUGCUCUUAAAAAGUUCCUCCGAGUCAGAUGUGUCCCUGCCCUCAUGAUGAAAGCAAGCAGAGGUUCGGCUCUGCUUUCCCAUGAUCACUGUCCAACUAUAGGGCCCUCCGUGAAUCUGCACUGUGUCUAUGUACACAAAAGCUUUUUCUUUUACUCUGUAAGCAAUAAUGACAUUGCAUUAAAAGGCCCUCUGCGGGUUUGUCUUCUGCUGAAGGAUGCACCAAAGUACAAGCCAUACUGAAAGAGCAUAAGGGGUGAGUUCCUGAAGUCAGUUUCCCAUUCAUUUUACUUAUAAAGGAGUCCUACAAUCUAUCUAAAUAUAUCUCAGAUCAGCUUUCUCAUCUGAUAGAAGAAUGAAUGUGAAGCUUUCUUCUGUUAAGAGCUGGGAUAAAGGAGGCGGGACAUUUAACUGGUAUCAGCCAUCUUUGUACGUUAGUAAAGGACUUAGGACUUCUGAGACCUAUGCACUGCUCAAAUGUAGACCAGUGGAUACGUGGGGAGUGGGGCUGAGGGUGAGACCCUCUCUCCUUCUUGUCCUCCAGGCUUGAAGACAAACCCUAUGAUUGGCUCUUCUUCAACAUGCAGGUUAAGUAAUGAAAAAAUAAUUACAAAAAAAAGUAAAACACACACUGAGUACCUGUAUUAUCUGUGUUCCUGUAGUAUAUAAAUAUGUGUAUUGUAACUGGUGACUAAUUAUGUAUAUAAAGAUUAGACCAAG